UGUCCCCACUGGCAGCCUGCCUGGAGCCUGCACGGACUGCACGGACGGGACUGAGACACCGAUUCUGCCCCUCAAGUGUGUUGAUAAAAUGCAGAGCUAGUUUUGAUUAUUAGGAUGUUUUCUUCGCAUAACGCUAAUAUUGACCAAUGCAUAGCGGUAACUUGGUGCCUGAGACGGCAGCAGGAAGCACCGGCGGAUUUGAGGUCAACUUGAAAACAGUUCACGGCGUGCCAUGUAUGCUAAGUGGAGAUGAGAAUGAAACCCAGUCGCAACCUCCUCCUGGGCCUGUGCUCCAUUCUGGCCCUGGGAUUCCUCUACUACUCGUCUGGGAGGAUUAACAUACGAGGCUGGAGCCACAAUUCAUUAUACGACAAACAAGGAUUCCUUCUGAAGCUGGAUAGGCAGUCUGCCGUUGGAGCUGAUGUACAAGUACGGCAACCUCAGUGAGGGAGCCUGUAAACCUGGUUUUGCAGCUGCCAAGAUGACAGCCAUCUAUCCAAAGUUCACAAAACUGGCGCCUAUGUUCCUUGAUCCAAAUUACAAACGAUUCUCCAAGAUUGGUGAUUACUCGCCUCCAUUUGGUGUUAAAUCACAAGAAAAGAUCGUAGAUAUUCUUCUGUCAGCUACUCAGAACUAUGGCCUCGGGGAAGAACUUGACAGUACGUACUGUAAGACUUGCAUCAUUGUCGGGAACGGAGGAAUCCUCGCCAACAAGUCUCUGGGAUCGAGGAUUGAUGAGUUUGAUGUGGUGGUCAGGUUAAAUGAAGCUCCAGUAAAAGGCUUUGAGAAAGACGUUGGCUCCAAGACCACCAUGAGGAUCACCUAUCCAGAGGGGGCCAUCCAGAAGACAGAGCGUUACGAAACUCAGUCACUGUUUGUCCUCUCCGCCUUCAAGGCUCUGGACUUCAAGUGGCUCCGACACAUGGUCUUCAACCAGAGGCUGCGCAGCACUGAUGGGUUCUGGAAGUCGGUGGCCCGGUACGUUCCAAGAGAGCCUAGCGACAUGCGAAUCCUGAACCCCUACUUCAUCCAGGAGGCCUCCUUCAAGCUGAUUGGCUUACCUCACAACAAUGGACAGAUGGGCAGAGGGAAUAUCCCAACCCUGGGGACAGUUGCCAUAACGAUGGCCCUUCAUAACUGUGAUGAAGUAGCUGUGGCUGGAUUUGGCUACAACAUGAGCACCCCCUAUGCCCCUCUGCACUACUAUGAGAAGAUCAGGAUGUCAGCCAUCAAAGAGGUAACUAAAUACCUGAUAUGUCCUGGACUCACAACAUAUCUAAAGAGAAGGAGUUCCUACUGAAGCUGGUGAAGGCUGGCGUUAUCCAGGACCGGACCAAUGGGAUCUGUGGGGCAGGAUGCUGACGCUCUGCACUCAGCUUCAAGACUUGUGAAUGCAGCUCUGUGCUCACCUCCACCUGCUCCAUCACCUGAAAAGGGAAAGUCAAGGCUGCCAUGUUCCCAGCAGAGAGCAGCAGCUGUCACACACUGUGGCCAGUGCAGAGAGACCAGAACACACUGAUCUAGUGUUGCAUAUUGAAACAUUGCAAGCAAUUGUCCUCUGUAUUUAGCUCGCCUAGUCGCAGGUUAGUGUAUAUUUACAUGGAUUUGGUGCCCUGGCUCAGGGGUACGUCCGCAGUGUUGGGGAUCAGCACCUAGACAGGACUUCCCUCCUACUGAAACUGCUGCAGGUGAGGGAGAGGAGGAUAGGAUGAAGAGAUGUUAGGUUUAGACAUUGAGCAUGUGCCAAGAAUACCUCUACAAGUGUCCUUCUGCUCGCACAUCUGAAUGUAAUCUGCAUCAAACGUAUAGUCCCUUAUUUAUCUUCCAGUUUCUGUGUGGAACACAUGACUCAGCCGUCCUGCACCCUCUGACAUCUGUGGGUGAACCCGCUCUUCAGAGCAACGUGGCAAUCAUUUAGCUUUGCUGCAGCAUGAAGCUGAUGAGAGUCACCUGAUGUUUGUUCUUUACGAGGCAGCAUAAUACUCCGACCUCUAAAGACUUACCACCAAUGUCCACUGGAUGUAAGUUGCAUUUAUCUUCCGUCUCUAAAGUGUGAAAUUCACUUGUUAAUGUAUACAAAUGGCUAUAUUUAUUGCCGUUUGACUUGCACUUAUACUUAUAAUAUAAUGCAUUUAAUUUGUUACUGACUUCAUACACUACUGUUCUAAAGUGUGGAAACAGCUGUUCUAUUGAUGUUCUCCUUCUUUCCUUCAAUAAUGGCUAUUUUGACAGAUGAAAAAAACAUUAUCAUUCAGACACCACAUGUAUUAUUUAUAUUUGAAGUAGUUUUGGCCCCAACAGAAGAAGAAAAGAAUGAUUCAAACUUCCAUGUCCCCACAGCAUUGUAUGACAGGGGAGAAUACUGUUCAUGGAUUCUGUAUUUGUUUUAAGUGACCCUGGAUCAUUAUUGAAAAACAAAGGUUUAUUAUUUUGGGAACCUUUUGGCCCUCUGCAGUCCUCUCGGUCAGCUGACUGUACCAAAUCAAGAGUUUCUAAACUUUAGAACGGUUGUGUACAAACAGUAAAACUAGCUGUAUUGUUUGUUUCUGUCACCAAUUGUAAAUGAGCUACAGCAGCAACAUUCUCUUAAAUUUCUCUUUUUUUCUCAUAUUUUCUCUUAAUUUAUUUUUCAAGAGAAAAAUAAUAAGUCUAGCAAACAAACCAAAAAGCGUGGAGGUGUGUGGCCGAUGUUUAUUAUUAGCAUAGCUAUAACACUGGCUCAAGAAUUGGAGUGAUGAAGAAGAAGAAGUUCAGCAUUAGUGAAAUAGAAGUACUGUGAAACAAAGUCAACAUGAUUUUCCAGAGUGUAAGCUGUAUGCACGCAAUAUCAUCAUCCAAUGAUAUUCAUGCAUUCUUUGUGUUCCUCAAAUUGAAAGCGUGUGUUUCCUUGCAUGGUGCCAACAAUUUGUGGACUGUAAAAGUUAUCUUGGUAACCACCACCACUCGCAAGAUUUUGUCUUAUCUAGGAGAAGAGCAGAAAUAAGAAAACAUUGGUCAGAGAUCAAUGGGUGGACAUGAGAAGUUUAAAGUCCAUUGUUUAAUGAUGCAUUUUGCGUCAUACUGUAGUAUCACUGUUGUGUAGGCCAGGGGUUUCACAGAAGAGCUGACUAUUUAAAGCACUAUGUAUCGUUUAUCGGUGGUUUUAGCAUGCUCGGAAAGCCUCUGCUAUCCGUGCAAGAAAGCAGUCGCAGUCCCAAGCCUGCUGGGUUUUGUCGAACCCUAUGGACUCUAUUAGAACCUGGGGGGGUCCCGCCUGCAUGAGUAUUAUUACAUUACAUUACAGGUCAUUUAGCGUCAUUUAGUUUCUAGUUAGUGAUCCAGAGUGACUUACAGUAACUAACUACAGGGACAGUCUCUCUGGAGCAGCUCAGGGUUAAGUGCCUUGCUCAGGGGCACAAUGGUGGCAGCUCUGGUGUUGAACUCACAACCUUCUGGUGUUCUGUUUGGAAGCCAAACCACCAGACCACCACCACCCUGAGUAUUAUGAGUAUUAAGUGCUUGUAUUUAAGACCUUUUUAAUCAGAACUGAUAAUUGUUAUUGGGAGGAAAAAAUAUCAUAUAUCUUUAUUAGACUGGUCAACUUAUUUUUGGGUGUAGUCGAUGACUAAAAUGAAAUGCAGAAUGAAAAUGUCGUGAAUGUCCUAGUGUAGGCCAGACAAAUUAGUAGAUGUUUGAAGUUAGAAUCUCGAAAACCUUCUCUUUGACAGCACCUAUGGCGAUAAGCAGGAACUGCAUGUGCGUGAUCCAAAAGGUAUUAUUUGUCAUGUUUCCCGGUAUUGUACCCACAGACGCCCAGUUUUCAUCAGUGGGCCAUAGGCUCAAUCACUGUUGUGUUAACUCAUUCGGCGAUGGAUAGUGACUUAACAGACAUUUAUUUAAAUUAAAAUAUUCCAGAUUAUUACUUUAUUAUUGUACCAGCUGUGAAAACAAAUAUCCCCCUGGACCAAUAAAUCUAAAUCUUAAAUGAAACAGUACAGGCUCUGGGUUUUUCCACAUUACAUAUUUGACAUAUGCCAAAAUCAGCUAUACAAUAAAGCUGUGUUAUUUAUAUAUAUGUUUUAUGAGGAAGGAAAUGUGUUUAGCAUGUUAAUUAGAGCUCAAGGAUACACAUUGUGUUUUGGUGAGUAACAAUUAAUUCAAACAUAACUUUUGUUUGUUUAUAAAAGACUCCACAGGGUAAUCUGAGAUAGUUCACAGUCAAAGAACAGCGUCCAGCUCUGAGUUGAAGGAUUUGCUGCCUAACAUGUAUUUUAUUUAUUCGUCUUUUAAGAUGUUUUAAGACUUACUCUUACUCUUUUCUAUUCAUUGCCCUGAAUACAAUCCAUCACGUACAAGUCCUGCCGUGGGCUGCUCUCUCAGGCCCCUGCAUCCGUCAGUGUUGCUCUCAAUUAUCAAUCUAUCUCACUUUAUUAACGCAGAUCAACUGUAUUGUGAAGUCUGUAUGUGUGUGUUGCUUUAUACACUCUGGCCUGCAUACUUUGUGCUCAACUUACUUUAGGUGUUUGUGGACUUGAUGCUGGUCAGAUUCUCAAGCCAAAGUAUUUAUAUAUUUAUUGUAGGCUGCGCACAAAAAAACGCAUUAAAGAAUAAAGAUAUAAGAAUGCUG